AUGAGUAUACGUCGAACCAAUAUAAAGAAAGCAACAAAACAGUUAUGGAAGGACAAGUUCAAGCAGCAGUGCAUGGAUAGAAUAAAAGAAUCCAGAAUGAAGGCUUUUAACGCAAAGAGGGGUGGAUUUAUCAUGACAGAUGAGAGUGAAAAUGAGGUCGUAUUUCAAGCUGCUUAUGAGAAAGAUUACGCGUCGUCUGUUGGAGAUGUCGACAUUGAUAUGGCAGCUUUAUUGGAAGAAGAGUUUCUACAAGAAAUCUCAAGAGAUACGUCAUCCGAUGAAGUUGAACGUAUGCUCGCAAAUGAGGAAGAAGAGCUUUGGGUACGCUUCGAAGAAUUCCAGAAAUAUUAUGACGAUGAAAACUCGAGCAUUUAA